UUGUCGGUUGAACAGCUGGGAUUGGAUCAUAGAUGGACGAAGUUGAAGCCCAACACACUCUAUUAUGUAUAUAUAGACAUAGUCUGUUCAUGGAACCCUAAAUAAAAUCUAGAGCCGCUUCAAUUUCUCGAUCCAUCAAAAGAUAAAAGAAAAGAAAAUCCGUCGAUUAGUCAUGUCGAAAUCCACCGGCAGGUUUCAUGAAGAAAAAGAAGUUCUUGAAUUGAAAAGGCAAAAGAUCGACCAUGGAAGCCAAGGUGUUGGUUCUGCUGCUGAAGGUGUGGAUACCAAGAACCUCAAGACCCAUACCUGCGGCAAUUGUGGGAUUAUUGGUGAUCACUGGACAAUAAACACUAUCCGUUUUAAAAACCUCCCAGCAGGUAUCCUCAACAGUAACCUGAAACGGCUCUGCCUUGACUAUGGCCCGGUUGUUUCUGUUGAGAUAAUGAGAAACGUCGGUCAGGUAUCCUUUGAGAACAGGGAAGGUGCACAAAUGGCAAUUGACAAGCUCAAUGGUUCGACUUUUAAAGGUCACGUUAUCACAGUCGAGUGGCCUUCUAAACAAGAACCCCAGAUAAACUCAUGCAGGCAUUGUUUAAAUACCGACUCGGAUUUGAUAACUCGGAAGACAUUGUUGGAUUUGUAUGUCCAUAACACUAUCCGUGUUAGAUAUUUCUCAGGAAAUGACAAGUCAGACAUAGCCACACUAUGUGGUACUAUUGGGCCAGUUUCUCGUGUUAUUGGGCCUGAAUUGUAUGAGGGCCCGGAACAUCUGAGGUUGCUUGUGACCUUUGAGAACAAGGAGGACGCAGUGAAGGCAAUUGACACGCUCAACGGUUCUCUUUUUAAAGGUCGCGUUCUCACAGUCGAGCGGCCUUAAGGUUAUAUCUGUUCUCUCGCAGUUGAGUGGACUUCCACGAAAUCGUAUAAAGUUAUCUCUGUAGUUUGUUAUUUCUCGUAUGUAUUAACUCGUAUCACUCUAUCUAACCCAACUUAUGCCUAAACCAAAUUAUGCCCUUGCGCAGGGUAUGUUUGGGGCAUAUCUUUGAGUGCUAUCUGUAGUUAGUUUAUUUAUGUUAUCUGUUAACUGGAAAUGCACACUUGAUGGAAGUGUUUUAUGAGCCGACCUCUCAGGCUGGAUGAUAUUUUCAUGUAGUUCAACUUUAAUGCAUGGUUUCCUUAUAUUACUAUA